CCCUCCGCUCCACGCCGCCACCGCUCUCCUCCUCGCGGCGCAAACCGCACCUCCACAGGAAACCCCAAGCGGCGGCCGUCCCUUCCGCGGCUCCGCCCGCCUCCCUCUGCUCUCCGAUUCUAGCGGAUUCCAUGGCCAGAGGCGACGCCGGCGCGCUGGUGCCGGCACCGGCGCUGGCGCCCGCGCCCACUCCGGCCCAGGUCUACCUGCCCGCGUGGCGCCGCACGUACGACCGCCUCGUGAAGAUGCUGCGCCAGGCGUACGCGCAGGCCGAGGAGCUCUCCGUCGAGCGCGAGCACCUCAUCACCGAGCUCCAGUUCCUGCAGAGCGGCCUCCGCGAGCGCGAGGAGAUCUCCCAGGCCCGCCUCCAGCAGAUCUGUAAGCACGAGGAGGUCCGAAAGAGGGCCGUUGAGGCUGAGACGGCGGCGUGUCUUGGCGGCAAGGAGCUUCAGAUUCACUGCUACCAGAAGCUCGCAGAACUUGCUGAGAAUGAUUUGGAGGACUUCAAAAGUUGUAUUUUGAAUUUGACUGCUGAAAAUACUGAGCUAAAGGAAAAACUGAAGAAGUUUGAAAGUCAGAUGGAGAUUUGUACCGACAAUUCAGAUCACCAGAAAAGUGGGAAAGAUAUUAGGGAAGAGGUAAGGAAACUAAAGAAAGCUUACAAGAUCCUGAGGUCAGAGAAGGACAAGGAAAUUUCAGCAUUACAAGCGAAAAAGAAUUUUGUGUGUAACCAGCUUAAGACAAUGGAAGAAGAUUACAGAGGGGCCAUUAAGAGCAAGAACAUAGAGGUGAAGCAAGCACAAAAGCUUCUGCAGAAUGUAGAUGGGCUGCAAGUGGCAUCCCAAAAGAAGGAUGAUGAAAUCAUUAGACUACAAGUUGAGGUGACAAAUGCCAAAGAGAGGAUGUCAAUUCUUGAGGAUGAGCUGCAAAAAAUGCGCUCCUUGGUCAAGGAUAAAGGUCUUCAAACUGAUAAAAAUGAAGAUGAUCAAUCAGACACUAGUAAGAUGUCGAAGAAGGAUAUUCAUAAGGCAAACAGAAAAUCUAAGUCUACAAGAACUUGCCAGGUCACACCUGAUAUAUCAAGAAUUUCCCAGGUCACACCUGAUAGGCAAGAAGUGAAGACUACAAGAACAUGUGCAUCUGAGACUAAUCAGAAGCGCAAGCGUAGCUGCUUCAAGUCCUCCCUGUCGUGUGUAAGUGAGAUGUCGAAGAAGGAUAUUAUUAAGGCAAACAGAAAAUCUAAGUCUACAAAAACUUCCCAGGUCACACCUGAUAUAUCAAGAACUUCCCAGGUUACACCUGAUAGCCAACAAGUGAAGACUACAAGAACAUGUGCGUCUGAGACUAAUCAGAAGCGCAAGCGUAGCUCCUUUAGGUCCCCCCUGUCGUGUGUAAGUGAGAUGUCGAAGAAGGAUAUUAUUGAGGCAAACAGAAAAUCUAAGUCUACAAAAACUUCCCAGGUCACACCUGAUAGGCGAGAAGUGAAGACUACAAGAACACGUGCAUCUGAGAGACUGAGACUAAUCAGAAGCGCAAGCAUAGCUCCUUCAAGUCCUCCCUGUCGUGUGUAAGUAAGAUGUCGAAGAAGGAUAUUAAUAAGGCAAACAGAAAAUCUGAGUCUACAAGAACUUCCUAGGUCACACCUGAGGUGGACACUGUCUGGUUGCUUGGGUAAAGGUUUGCAGGCCAACUGAACUUGGUGGACUAGGGAUCUCAGACUUAAAAACUAUUGGCUGGGCAUUAAGAAUGCGAUGGUUAUGUCUGCAAAAAACAGAGCCUUUCUUUGCGGUGGCUGUUAGUUCGGAAGUCGGAGAUGGUGAGCAUACCCUUUUCUGGACUGAUAGAUGGCUGCAUGGUCGGUGUAUAGAAGAGCUGGCUCCUUGUUUAUUUGCUGCCAUCCCCAAAAGACGGACUAAGCAACGUAUGGUCAAGGAAGCACUCACUAACCGUGCUUGGAUUGCAGAUAUAAAGGGGGCUCUAACUGUUGGUGUAAUUAUGGAUUAUUUACAUCUAUGGGAUUUAGUUUCAGCUACUGUUUUACAGCCAGAAAGUGAGGACAAACAUAUUUGGAGGCUUUCCUCUAAUGGUCAAUACUCAGCCAAGUCGGCAUAUGAGGGAUUUUUCUUGGGAGCUACCCCAUUUACACCAUGGGAACUGAUUUGGAAGACCUGGGCACCACCGAAAUGUCGGUUCUUCAUGUGGUUAGUAGCUCACAAGAAAUGUUGGACAGCUGAUCGCCUUGCACACCGGGGGCUGCCCUGCCCAGGUUGAUGUCCACUGUGUGAUCAAGAGGAGGAAACUAUCAAUCAUCUUUGUGUUUUUGCUAGGGAGUUCUGGUUCCAUCUGCUUAGACAGGUUGGUAUACAGGCCUUAUCUCCACAGCCUGUUGAAAACUCCUUCCUCGACUGGUGGGACAGAGCUAAUGGUGCUAUUCCUGAGCUUCUAAGGCAAGGGGUCAACUCCCUAUUCAUGCUAGGGGCUUGGAUUCUUUGGAACCAUAGCAAUCGGUGUGUUUUUGAUGGAGCGGCUCCAAGUAUUGCUGGGGCCUUAGUCAUGGCUGGUGAGGAACGCCGGCUGUGGACCUUAGCUGGGCUCGAGGACUCUCCCUUUUAUCUGUUCGCCUCCGAGGUGUCUAGUUGCUUAGGUCUUUUCGGGUCGCGUUGUUAGCCAGCUUAGGAGAGCAAAAUGUCUGUUGUGUUUUGCUGUUUGUGGGUGUGCGUUGAGUUGGGUUGAGUUUUGUAAGUGUGUUGGGCUCUUGCACCCUUUUUCUUCUUAAUAUAUUAUGCGUAGAUCUCCUGCGUUUUCCGAAAAAAAAUAUAUCAAGAACUUCCCAGGUCACACCUGAUAGGCAAGAAGUGAAGACUACAAGAUCACGUGCGUCUGACUAAUCAGAACGCAAGCAUAGCUCCUUCAAGUCCUUCCUGUCGUGUGUAAGUAUUCCGUUUACUGGUAUAUAGUAGGCUCAUAUUGCACCGCCAACACAUGAUCUGUGACUAUCAAUUAGCAACACUUUUCAUUUGUUAUUCAUGUAUGAUCAAUGGCAAUGUUGUUUUAUUAAGUGAACUUGAUCUGUUUUUCUAAUGUGCAUAAACAAAUAGACUAAUUGUUUAGCCGACCUAGAGUUCAUCUAAAAGACUCUGGUAGGCUGUAUGUAUGAGUUGUGUCUUGCUGUAAAUAUGGAUUGGUAAUAGUUUGACAAGUUAGGUUUGGUUUGUAUGAUUUCAAAAAUAUGUCUCCUUCAGAAGCGUUCUUUCUGGAAGUGCUAAAAUGAACUGCAGUGUGGAACUUUGGAUUAAUCAACCUGUCAACCUGUUCUACAAUUAUAGCCUGCAAAUAGUAAAUAUGUACCAGUGUGUGCUCUUAAGUCUUAACUUAAUCUGUACGACGUGUGAUCUUGUUUGGGUGCAUAGACAAUGACGUGUGAUCCUCUAAUAUUUUUUUAUCCAUAAAUUUUAUGCCUAAUCCUCGGUGUUCUGCAUGAAUUGCAUUCAAUCUAAAUGUGCACAGAUAACAAACUGAUGGAAAAUAUGUGUAUUGUUCUCUUAGUUUUGAUCCUUGUUGCAAUGUCCUAAUUCUUGGUGGUCCGCAUGAGUUGCAGCCUGCUGUAUAUAUGGACAAACAAUAAAUGUGAUGGAAUUUAGGUGAGCAUCAUGUGAGAGUCGUAGAUGCUCUUAAAGGACCAUUGCACAUACACUAGAAGGAUAUGAUAGAACAUGAGGGUUGGGUUUCACCACCUAAAAUGAGCAAGUGGCUGUUUGGUUGAUUAUGCUCAUGGAAAAUUAUGCUCAUGGAAAAUAUUAUAAUAACAAAAGGCAGAUAUACUGAUACUAUUUCCCUGAAAUUUUCAAUGCCCCAUUUCUUUGUUCACCUGGAUCAAGCACAUGUUGCUGUAAACUUGGACAGAAAUAAGUUGAUCGAAACUAGGUAGUGUUCUCUUAAUUCUGAUUGGUGAUAAAGGAUCUGCAAAAUAGUUUGUUGGUAGUUUUCUGAUUUGUAUUGCUUUGCAUUGACUGAACUAGAGUUAAUAUUUAGAUCUAUUAUGAACAUGUGCAGUUCCACGCUCGAUGGUCUUUGUGCUCUUUAAAAAAGAGCUGCUCCCUCAAUUCCAAAUUAUAAGACGAUUUGGCUUUUUUAGAUGCAUAGCUUUUGCUAUGCCCUUAGAUAUACACAGUCGUACUUGCCUAUUUGAUACUUAGAGAGUAAGAGCCUUAACUUCUGCCACUUGCGACUGAAUUGCAUGAUGAUGGCUGCACAAGAAUUUUGUUGGAGCUUUGCUAUUGACAUGUGUGCUUUUCAGGGGUUUCACUAGUGUAAAAAGCCUGGAACUUACUGAAGAAAGUACACCGUCGAGCACAGCCAAAUGAUGGCUUCGCCAAGGCUCACCUGGCCCUUGAUAAGAGGCUGCAUGGUAAGGUAUCUACGGACUUUGGCAGCACAAGCGUCCAGAAAUAAAGGUGUGCCCAAUCUGCAGCAAGAAUGUUGGUCCAAGUACGAUGACUGUACGAGUUCACUCAAGCUGCACCUGCAGGCAGAGUGUUGACAGCACCAUGACCAUGGAGAUCCAGAUUCCAGAAAUUGAUCGAGUCACUCCGUAUCAGCCGAGGAAGCCUGAGCCUGUCUCAGAAGCUGACCAAGGUGUUCCACCAGUGAGCUGAGCUUCUGUUCUGUUUUUCCUGUAUUAUAGUCGUAACUUGUACUAUCAGACUGAACUUUAGCGACUGUAGGUUUAGCACACAAAUGUUCAGGUAUGAAGGGCGUGAUACCAAAGAACAAGACUACGCUCUUGUAUGUGUAGUCUGCAAUGUCCGUCGAGGCACUGCUAUUGUUCUCGACAACUGGUGUGAAAUACAGUGGUACGAAAAUAUGAUUCAGGUCGAGCCGUCGAGGCACUUGCUUA